AUGCCUCCUUUUCGCAUUGUCAUCGUGGGUGGCGGAAUUGCUGGCUUUACCGCAGCAAUUGCUCUGCGUGGACCAAACCGACAAAUCACCGUUCUUGAGCAGUCCAGACUGAACAAGGAAAUCGGUGCUUUGAUCUCACUGCAACCAAAUGCCUCUAGAAUUGUCGAGUCUACUUGGGGACUUAAGAAGGAACUGGCUGAGGCCAGAGCAAUCGUUGAUGAAGGUUUCCGUGUUUACAACACCGACGGAGUUUUGGUCAACACCGUGCCUCUAUUAACCAAGACAGAAUUCGGUGCCGACCGUCUGUGUUUCCAUCGGAGGGAUCUCCAUGAUCAGUUCAAGCAAGCUGCAGUUUCUCCCGAUCGCGCUGGCGAUCCGGUGACAGUCCGAGUCGCUUCGCGCGUGGUGGACUGCAGUCCGCUGGAUGGCACGGUCACUCUUGAAGGAGGAGAGGUAAUCACGGCAGAUUUGAUCGUUGCUGCCGAUGGAAUGUGA